AUGGACAAGUGUUUUAGCCGGUCCGGUGAGGGGAAAGACAGUGCAUCUACGGAGGCUGUCGGAGCUUGUCCCGUUCUUAUCUUCACUCGAGCAGGGAGAUCUUAUUUAAGAAGUGAGGUUGUAGGCAUGAAGCUUGAGAGUUAUGCUUUUAGGAUCUUCUCGCCGGUCAUGUAUCCGGAAAAGUUAAGGGAUAUACACUCUGAAGAAGCUUCCAUCUUCGCGAGCACCGUCGAUUUCUCCGGCGACGGCAAAGAUGCUUGGAUUUUCGACAUUGACGAGACUCUCUUGUCUAAUCUUCCCUAUUACAUCGACCAUGGCUUUGGGGUUGAGGUGUUUGAUCACUCAGAGUUCGAUAAGUGGGUAGAGAGAGGAGUGGCGCCAGCGAUAGCACCAAGCUUGAAGCUUUACCAAAGAGUUAUAGAUUUGGGGUACAGAGUUUUCUUGCUUACGGGGAGGAAAGAGAGCCACAGGCUUGUCACUGUUGAAAACCUCAUCAAUGCCGGUUUCCAGAACUGGGACAAGCUCAUUCUCAGAGCACCAGAUGAACAGCAUAAGCUGGCGACGCUAUACAAAUCUGAGAAGAGGGAUGAGAUGGUGAAAGGGGGAUAUAGGAUUAGAGGCAAUUCAGGUGACCAAUGGAGUGAUCUGUUGGGUUCCUCCAUGUCUCAACGAUCUUUUAAACUUCCGAAUCCAAUGUAUUAUAUCCCAUGA